AUGAAAUCUUCUGAUGAAUGUGUUUCUAGUAUUCCAAGAUGUGUGCAAGUGAAACAACGCAAGAUAUUUGGUCUCAAAAGUUAUGAUUGUCAUCUCUUAAUGCAAGAGUUUCUUCCUAUUGCUAUGAAAGGUUGUUUGCCCAACAACUUUGGUAUUUUUCUUAGAGAACACAUUGACUUUAUCAAGAGACGUAAUCGAAAUCGUCGGCUAUCACCAUAUGAUAUUGAAAAAAUUCAUAGUCGAACUUUUUCUGAUUGGUUUCGCGAAAGAGUAGCACGAUUGGAAGAACAAGGAAGUACUAUGGUCACAGAUGAAAUCAAAUGGUUAGCACGGGGGCCAUUAGAAGUAGUGAGAAACUAUAGUGGCUAUAUUGUUAAUGGGGUUAGAUUUCAUACAAAGAAGCGGGAAAGGUGCUUAAAGACUCAAAAUAGUGGAAUAAGUGUUACUGUUAAGACCAAAAGUUAUGCCAGUACACGAGACAAACACCCUAAGGAAGGAGAAAUAAACUACUAUGGUGCAUUGAUAGAUAUAAUUCAAUUGGAUUAUGCAGGAAAAUAUAAAAUUGUACUUUUCAAGUGUGAUUGGGUUGACAUAAAUAAGGGAUGCAAUAUUGAUGAUUUGGGUUUGACAUUAGUAAAUUUUAAUUACUUGCAACAUACAGGAAAUGAUAUAUGUGAUGACCCAUUUAUUUUUGCUUCUCAAGCUAAGAAAGUAUUCUAUGUGGAGAAUAAAACACAAAAUGAUUGGUUAGUCAUUGUGCACGCUAAAGUUAGAGAUGUAUAUGAUUUGGGUGAUGCUCAAUCCAAUGACAUAGAUAAAGGGCAUGAGCAAGUCUUGGAAGAGAUAAAUGAUGAUGAUUUGAUUAGACCAGAAGCUGAUGAUAGUGAUGAUAUCAUUGGAGUUAUAAUUAAUAUAGAGGACAUUCCCCAAAAUGACAAUGAAAAUGAAGAUACAGAGGAUGAGAGUGAAGAAGACCUCUCAUAUUAAUUUGAAAAUGGGA